UUUCCAAAGCUGGUGCGCAGUGAAUUCUGGGAAGGACCAAACUGGUGUCGUCAUUUCACGACAGCUUCUUGAAAAUGGCUCCUGGAUUGAAGACGGAGACUUUAGUUUUUCAUAAGAACGCGUUUUGAAAGCAACAGCGAUGACUUCUCUAGGAACGAAUGCGCCGGAGCUUCUUUUUCUGUAGGACACAGGAAGUUGCAGGUCCACGUGAUUAAGAGCUUCGUUAACUCUUCAGGUGCCAGGUCAUGCAUCUCCCACUGCGGCGACUUCUUACCACAGUCACCCAUAGGCCGGUGCCGUGUCGGAAGAUGGGAGCAACCGGGGUGACGCCCUACAAGCUGGCAUCGUACUGGGGGAACGUCUUCCACGAGCACGGGAUCCCCGAACCACACGACUCCAGCCGCAUACUGGUGGCUCAUGCCCUGGGGGCAAAGACUCUUCACAGUAUCGGGUCCCACGCCGCCCGAUCGCCCCUGUCUGCUGAUCAGCUGCUGCUCGUACAGAACAUGGCCCAAGAACGUCUGAAGAGGGUUCCGGUCCAGUACAUUAUCGGGGAGUGGGACUUCUUAGACAUGACGUUAGAAAUGAGACCCCCGGUGCUUAUCCCGCGGCCUGAGACGGAGGAGCUCGUGGGUCUGGUGGUGGCGGACUGUGAGGAUCUGCGCCAUUCUACCGACGCCUCCAUUCUGGAGGUCGGCUGUGGGUCGGGAGCGGUGUCUUUGGCGCUACUCCGGAGGAUUCCGCAGGUGCACGUGAUCGCCAUAGAUAAAUCCGAAGCGGCGGUGAGUCUGACCCGGGAUAACGCGGAGAGGCUCGGCCUCCAGCACAGAAUACACGUUCUCCAGCACGACAUACUGACCGGUGAGACGGGGCCCCCCGCAGGGCAUUGUGGGGCCAUGGACAGCCUUCCUGAGGACCCCGUGGAGCGACUUCAGGACCUGGGACCGGUCUCUGCGGUGGUCAGUAACCCCCCCUAUAUAUUCACAGAGGAUAUGCCUCGGCUGGAAGCAGAGGUCCUCAGAUAUGAAGAUCACUCAGCGUUAGACGGGGGUCUCGAUGGGAUGGACGUGAUGAAGGGGAUCCUGCUCCUUGCACCACUUCUGCUGAAGGCCCGGGGGGACGUCUUUCUGGAGGGGGAUCCUCGGCAUCCUGAGAUGGUGAAAAACUGGCUGGAAGACCACCCCGAGGGGCGACUGCGGCUCCUGCAGAUUGUGAAGGAUUUCUGCGGCAAGCCUCGCUUUAUCCAUCUUCGGAGUGGCAGAGACGCAGCAAACGCCACGACAAGUCACAUGACUGCCCCCGUAUCUCCGCUCCAUGCUCCCGUUCACUGAGGACACAGGUGCAUCAUGGGAAGAGAUGUGAAGUGAUGUCUGACCCAUAGAUAGAAGAAGCCUCCGGUGAACCCCGGUGUCCCCCCUCCCAGGAACCCUCCCCACAGGACUCUCCAUCUAUCAUAUCUGGUCCUCUGUCUCGCAAGUCCAUGCACUGGAGAGCUGUGUUCAUGAAUAGAAUGCAAGAAGGAAGGUAAAGACUGACACACAGGGAGGACAGUGUGUGGGGGAGGGGCGGUGAUUUAAAGGGGUUCUGCAGUUUUUUUAAACUGAUGAUUUAUCCUCUGUAUAGAUCAUCAGCAUCU